GGGGCUAGCCUUCCUGGCGCCAUGAGCUCCUUCCAGGGACAGAUGGUGGAAUAUCCAACCAUCUCUAUUGACCGCUUUGACCGGGAGAACCUGAAAGCCCGCGCCUACUUCCUUUCGCACUGUCACAAGGAUCACAUGAAAGGAUUGAGGGCUCCUUCCAUGAAAAGAAGGCUGGAAUGCAGUUUGAAGGUUUUCCUGUACUGUUCUCCAGUUACCAAGGAGCUGCUGUUAACUAGCACAAAGUACAAAUUCUGGGAAAAACGAAUUAUAGCAAUUGAAAUUGAAACUCCUACCCAGAUAGCUUUAGUUGACGAGGCAUCAGGUGAGAAGGAAGAGGUUGUUGUGACUCUCUUACCAGCUGGUCACUGCCCAGGAUCAGUUAUGUUUUUAUUUCAGGGCAGUAAUGGAACUGUCUUAUAUACAGGAGACUUCAGACUGGCAAAAGGAGAAGCUUCUAGAAUGGAGCUUCUGCACUCUGGGGGCAGAGUAAAAGACAUCCAAAGUGUAUAUUUAGACACCACAUUCUGUGACCCAAGGUUUUAUCAAAUUCCAAGUCGUGAGGAGUGCUUGAGAGGAAUUUUGGAGCUGGUUCGGAGCUGGAUCACUAGGAGUCCAUACCACGCUGUGUGGCUGAACUGUAAAGCAGCUUAUGGCUAUGAGUAUUUGUUCACUAACCUGAGUGAGGAGCUGGGAGUCCAGGUUCAUGUGGACAAGAUGGAUAUGUUUAGAAACAUGCCUGAUAUCCUCCACCAUCUCACCACGGACCGAAACACCCAAAUCCAUGCCUGCCGCCACCCAAAGGCAGAGGAGUAUUUUCAAUGGAAUAAGUUACCCUGUGGGAUUACUUCCAAAAACAAAACUGCGCUCCAUACCAUCAGCAUCAAACCAUCCACCAUGUGGUUUGGAGAGAGAACCAGAAAAACCAAUGUGAUAGUGAGGACAGGAGAGAGCUCAUACAGAGCGUGCUUUUCUUUCCACUCUUCCUACAGUGAGAUUAAAGAUUUUUUGAGCUACAUCUGUCCAGUGAAUGCAUAUCCAAACGUCAUUCCAGUAGGCCUCACCGUGGAUAAGGUCAUGGACGUUUUAAAGCCUCUGUGCCGAUCUUCCCGAAGUGCCGAACCAAAGUACAAACCACUUGGAAAACUGAAGAGAACCAGAACAAUCUAUGUAGACUCAGAGGAGGAAGAUGAUCUCUUUGAUGACCCUCUACCAAUACCGUUAAGGCACAAAGUUCCGUACCAGCUAACUCUUCAUCCUGAGGUAUUUCCAGUGAAGGCAUUGCCACAAGACCAGCCUGAACUGAAACAAAACCCUGGGUGCUACAAAGCAGACAGUAUGCAGAAGGUUUCUCUGGCCAACUUCAUAGACUGUGAAGAAUCUAACAGUGACACUGAAGAAGAGUUAGAAACCCCGCCUUCACUGCAGGGAGGUCUGGGCCCUGCGGCAGUCCCCCAGCAAAUUGCUGAUGCAGACACACCACAGUGGGAAGUGUUUUUCAAAAGAAAAGAUGGUGUCACAGAUGAAUGUUUGGAAAAUUUACCUUCCUCCAUAGAGACGGGGGAAUCUCAGUCACCAAGGCUUCUCACUGACUCUGAUGGAGAAUCCACUCACAUCUCUUCCCAGAAUUCGUCUCAGUCAACACACAUAACAGAUCAAGGAAGUCAGGGCUGGGACAGCCAGGGUGAUACUGUUUUGUUAUCUUCCCAAGAGAGAAGUGCUGGGGACAGCACAUCUUUGAACAGAGAUGCCUACACACCAAAAAGCAGAGAGAAUAUUUCCGCCUCUCAAAUGGAACAGAAUGCACAUGGUCCACAGGAUUCUUACUGUGAUUCGAAAAGCAGAGAUGAAGUAAAUGGAGGUCUUUACAUUGGAGAACCAGAUACUGUGAGUGGCAAGAAAUCCCCACCUGAGGAGAAAACAUUACUAACCAGCACACAUGCGGAUUCACAGAGCUCCUCCGAUUUUGAAAUCCCCUCAACUCCAGAGGCUGAGCUUCCUAAACCAGAGCAUUUACAGUAUUUAUAUGGAAAACUGGCAACAGUGCUAUCCUGGGAAGCCGAGUAUCAAGGUUAUCGAUGAAGACACUGAACACCUGAAGAUUUGGGUCACACUAAAGAGAAGAAAAGCUGCUGAGAUAAGUCUGGCACAAAGGUGCCGUCUGCGGUCCACAGCACAGGGUGAGCUAGCCUCCCGUAUGCCCACUGAACUGCCAACCAAGCGCUUCCGAUGGCAUGCACAUUCAAAAUACACUUUUCAUAUAUAUGAAGCUCUCAAUCAUAGAAAAGGAUAAAUCAAGUAUCCAAUAUGUCACUUUUGUCAUAGCUUUUUUUUUUUCUGGAGAAUUUUAAUCCAUCUAUAACAUGAACAUUUUACUUGUAACUAUUUCAAUAAUAUGUGUGUAUAGAUACUUUAAAUAACUAUUUUAAAAUAAAAU